AUUGAAUCGAAACAUAUUCCUCUUUUUGCUUCAUGGAUUGAUAGAAAAGAUUCUUCACAUUAUAAUAUGAAAAAUAUUCCAUAUGAUUUUAAAUUAUUAUAUCGCUCAAAUCGGGAUUAUGGAAUUGACAAUAACAAUUUUCAUAAAAAUUGUGACAAUAAAGGAGCUACUAUUUGGGUAGCAAAAAUUAAGAAUUCUACACAAAUAAUUGGAGGAUAUAAUCCACUUGAUUGGAAAGGUUAUGGUGUUUGGAAACCUACAACAAAUAGCUUUAUUUUUAAUAUAACUGAUGGAAAAAAUAUUUCUACUUCAAAAGUAAGUUAUGUUAAUAAUAAGGAUCGGAAGUAUGCUGUUUUUUGUCAUUAUGAUGAUGGACCAACUAUGGGUAAUUUAUACUGCCAUAAGAAUAAUAAAUGGUCUAAUAAAGAGCGUUUUUUUGGUUUUGCUUACUCCAACAUAGGAAUUCCAAUGAAUUUUAUAGUAGAAGACUAUGAAGUAUUUCAAAUAAUUAAAAAAUGA